AUGCCGGCGGCCAUGUCAAUCGCGGGAGAUGCGGGCCCAAAGGUCCCCUGCUCCUUUGCGAACAACUUCUGGGGUCGCGAGGAUGCCGGAGUUGAUCCCCUCUUGACUCGUAUGGUGUCCGGGAAGACGACUAAUGACGAGAUUCGCUCGUUCUAUUCUGCUAGAGCAGCCAUUGAAGAAGAUUACGCGAGAAAGCUGCUUCAACUAUCAAGAAAACCGCUCGGUAGCGUCGAGCAAGGCACGUUGCGAGCCGGUCUGGACGUCGCUAGAGGCGAAACUGAAGCAAUGGGAAAGUCACAUGCUCUGAUCUCCCAGCAGAUGAGGUCAGAGUGCGAAGAGCCGCUGGCGGCUUUUGCCAGUGGUAUGAAAGAACGACGAAAGAUCGUCCACAACGGUAUCGAGAAGCUAUUGAAGACCAAGCAGUCCCAGACUGCCCACGUCAACAAAUGCCGCGAUAAGUACGAGCAGGACUGUCUUCGUAUCAAAGGCUACCUUGCCCAAGGACACAUGGUCAUGGGUCAAGAAGAGCGCAAGAAUAAAGCCAAACUCGAAAAGACCCAGAUCAAUAUGGCCAGCAACUCCAACGAGUACGAAUCGGCCGUCAAGGUGCUGGAGGAGACUACCGGUCGAUGGAACAAGGAAUGGAGGGCUGCCUGCGACAAGUUUCAGGAUCUAGAAGAGGAGCGUCUCGACUUCACCAAGAACUCACUCUGGGCUUUUGUGAACAUUGCUUCUACCGUCUGCGUUACCGACGAUGAAUCAUGCGAAAAGAUCCGGCUGGCUCUGGAAAAGUGCGAAGUCGAGAAGGACAUCUCUAGCUUCAUCAAACUCUGUGGAACUGGCCAAGUCAUACCCGACCCUCCCAAGUACAUCAACUUCUGUCGAGGUGACGUCGAUAGUGCAUCCGAAGUCUCCCAAGACGACGACGAUUACACAGUUGCCCAGUUCGCCAGAACCACCAACCCGGCCUUCAGGUCUCAUUCUUCUCAGCCUGCUGCCGUCACCGAGCCCGAGGCUGUGCAAAGAUACUCAGCAGAACCCGAGGAAGCGCAGCCCGAGGAGCACAUCACUCCUGUCAAAGCUAAUAGCGGCCGACCGGCGCCUCUGAAUUAUCGCUCAGCCGAUCCAAAUGUUCCUCCUGAUUAUUCGCCUAGCCAGCAUGGUCCUGUCAGCUCUGUUCCUCACAACCAAUACCCAAUGGAAGGCAUGACCCAGUUCUGCCGCGCAGAUGGUCCAUCUCGAGCCGACACCGUACCUUCUUCUGUUGGCGACCGACCAAGCAGCAGAGAUGAUCACAGUGAAUAUUCCAACCCGAGCUCUUUCACCAGCGCCGAACCCAUGUCAGGCAAGACUUCUCCGGUGAAGCAGGCCCCCAUCAAUGGCGUCGGACUGCCGGGAAUGGCCUCACCCGAAAAGUCAGUACAGAAGAAGAGAUCGGGUUUCUUCUCCAACAGCCCUUUCCGCCGCAAGUCUAAGAAGGAGAAGGAAAGUGAUGUCCAGAAACGAAGCACAUGGAAUCCAGCCUCUACCUCUCGCAUCAAUCUGAAUGGCUCCGACAUCUCAACUUCUUCGGCACAGUCGAGCCCGACCAAGAACUCAGGACGGAAUCUCUUCAAUCGGAACGCUGCAAAUAUGGCACCUGAGGGCGAAGAGCCUGCAGACCCCCGUGCAUCUUUCCAGCUCAAUGUUGGUAACAAUGUUUUCGACGUUGGCAAUCCUGACAGCCACCAGUCUACGCCGCGUGCAUCAUCCAACCAUCGUCCUGGACGAUUCAACCAGCCACCUAAUCCGGCUGGAUCAGAUGUCUCCAAGGAUCCCAUCGCUCAAGCUCUGGCAGACCUCAAAUCCUCUUCCAACGGCGGCUUCCCAUCCAAACAGGCCAGCACCCGCCAAGCCGUUGAUCGCUACCAUGGCGUAAAGUCACCAGCCCCAGACUUUCAACCCUCCGAUCGACCUGGCCUCAGCGCCGAAGGUCGUGAGCGUCUCCAUGCUCAAGGCCGCACGCCACCUCCGGCAUAUGAUCUCGGUGGCCCUACACCGUCGGCAGCACCUAGCAGUCACGCUCGAAGCCAAUCUUCUGUACUUGGUGUUCCUCAACCCGCUCAUACUCGGAAAGAGAUGCUUGAUCGCUCCAAGCAAUGGGGCUCUGGUCCACCAACAACGCAGAACACGCCCUCACGACCUGCUUCUCGUAACGCCAUGGCCGAUGGUCGGCGCUCUCCUGGUCCAGGUAUGGUUCCUCGUGCCGCGAGCCCCCAACCUGGAUAUGGUGGCGCUCCGCAAAUGCGUGCUCGUUCCCCAGGACCUGGUAUGAUGCAAGGUCAGCCACAAUCAUAUCAGCGCGCAGCAAGCCCGAACCCAUAUGCGAAUGCGGGGUCCAGACAGAGAGCUCAGAGCAACGUGCGUCAAGGCUCGGGGAUGGAGAUGCAGCUGUCCAGUCAGGAUGUCGCACGUUAUGGUGAUGGCGGCAGUGGUCGCAGCCGAGCCCAGAUGAAUCGCCCGGGAAGCAGCUAUGGCGACUAUCAUCAGCCACAGGGAAACAUGGGGCGGACUAGAAGUAAAAGCAUGGGACCGCCGCCGGGACGAGCGCCCCAGGUGCUGUAUUAUGCUCGAGCGAUGUAUUCGUACACGGCGGCCAUUCCAGAGGAGCUUACUUUCGCCAAGGGCGAUAUUCUGAGUGUCGUGAGGCUCCAGGACGAUGGCUGGUGGGAAGCCGAGGUGCGGGAGAGUGCGAAGGGCAGUCGAAUCGGUGGCCUUGGGCUUGUGCCGAGCAAUUAUUUGCAGCGGUGCUAA